AUAAAUUGUAUAUUUUGUAGUUAUCGCUUAGAUUUGUGUAGUUUUGCGUGUUAAUUAGUCAGGUGAGAAGUGAAUAGGUUUGAAAGGCAGCUCACUAGGAAUUACUCUUCACUCUGCAUUCUUUACAAUUAGUGUACGCAGUUACCCACUAUUUCCCAGUUUAUGAGCUAGACUAACAGAUCUUCAGUGAAACUACCAUACUCCCCCUCUAAAGUGUAUAUCUGAGUACAUUCCUCGCUACCUGCAUUCCUUGCUGCUUGUUCUCUGUCAUGUUGUAUAGAUCAGCAUUUAGACAUGUUGCUAAACAGCUCAUAUCACCCCGUUUCCCUGCCAUCUCCUCCUCCCCUCCUCUCCUCUCCUCCUCCCUUUCCUCCUCCGUCUCAAGUGGGAGGGGUAGACAACGAGGAGAUCUAGCGAAAUGUGAACGUAUAAUAGUGAAACUAGGCAGUGCAGUUGUCACCAGAGAGAACAAGGAUGGGCUUGCACUGGGGAGGCUGGCCAGUGUUAUCGAGCAGAUAUCUGAGCUUCAUUACCAGGGUAAACAAGUAAUUCUGGUGUCCUCUGGAGCUGUAGCGUUUGGGAGACAGCGUCUAAUGAACCAGCUGUUGAUGGGACAAAGUGUAAAACAAACUUUACGAGACAUCAACAAACACCAGCUGGUGAUCAACCCGCGCGCGUGCGCAGGCGCCGGACAGAGCGGACUUAUGAGCCUUUAUGAGGCUAUGUUCGCUCAGUAUGGCAUUCCUUGUGCUCAGGUACUGAUCACAAAGCCGGAUUUCACUCAACCGGAGAGCAGAAAAAUGCUUCAAAACACCCUCAAUGACUUACUCUCUAUGAACAUUGUUCCUAUUCUCAAUGAAAAUGAUGUUGUAGGAAAUGACUCUGACUCAACAAAAUAUGGUCGAAUCAAUCUGAAUGACAACGACAGCUUCGCUGCAGCGCUCAGUGUUGAGUUAGAUGUUGAACUGUUGAUACUGUUGAGCAAUGUAGAUGGUAUAUUCACGGGCCCGCCUGAGGAUUCUUCAUCUCGUCUCAUUCAAACUUUCAACCCUCAGAGUAUGAUGGAGGUAAAGUUCGGAGAAAAGUCCAGUGUAGGCCGAGGAGGGAUGGGCUCAAAGUGUGCUGCUGCAAUGUGGGCUGUUGAGAACAAAGUUUCUGUAGUCAUAGCCAACGGCAUGAGUCGUAGCUCAACCAUCACAGACAUUGUAGAUGGUAAAAAGGUGGGGACUUUCUUCUCGCUGGAGACAAACGAUGGCCCGUCAGUAGAAACACAGGCACACAUGUGUAGACUUGGGGGUCGGGCACUCGCAGCACUUCCAGCUGCCGACAGAGCUUCAGUCAUCAACAACCUGGCUGAUUUGUUGGUCAAGGAAGUCCAUUCUAUACUGAACGCUAACACUCUGGAUCUGGAGGCUGCAAAGGGCAAUUUGUCUGAUCACAACAUCGCCCGACUCAAGUUAACACAAGAUAAGAUCAACACUUUGGCAGCUGGUUUGAAGUUGAUAGCUGAGUCGGCCCAUUCAACUACUGAUCAGGUGCUGCGCAGAAUGCUCAUUGCUGAAGGCAUGACCCUCGAACUACGCACUGUCCCCAUUGGAGUGUUGCUGGUGAUAUUCGAGUCCCGCCCGGAUGCGCUACCUCAGGUAGCAGCCCUCUCCAUUGCCAGUGGUAACGGACUCCUGUUGAAGGGAGGCAAGGAAGCCUGGCACACUAACCGAGUUUUGUUCAACCUGGUGCAGCGCGCGCUGGAGGAGUUCUGUCCACCUACUGCUAUUCAAUUGAUUGCAUCAAGGGAAGAGGUAGCAGAUUUGCUGAAGAUGAACCAGUUUAUUGAUCUUAUUAUACCACGCGGCAGUUCGCAACUUGUCAAGGAUAUUCAGGAAGCUGCAGGCUCUAUACCUGUGAUGGGACAUGCUGAAGGAAUCUGUCAUGUCUUUGUUGACAAGGACUGUGACAGUAAAAAGGCCAGAAGAAUCGUUAUUGACGCUAAGUGUGACUACCCAGCCGCCUGCAACGCGAUGGAAACACUCCUUAUCCAUAAAUCACAUCUCGCUGGUGGUCUUUUCAACGAGCUGAUUGAAGAUCUCAAACAGAACAACGUUAAGGUUCACAUUGGACCGAGAUUAGCAAUGCUCCUACCAGUCUCCCCUACUCCUCUUGACGACUUCACUAUUGAGUACGGAUCAUUGGAAUGUGCUGUAGAAAUAGUGGAUUCUCUGCAAGAUGCCGUCCAGCACAUCCACACCUGGGGAAGUGGCCACACAGAUGUUAUAGUUACAGAAGAUGAGAAAUCAGCUAAGGAGUUCCGCAGUUCGGUUGACAGUGCGUGUGUAUUCGUCAACUGUAGCACUAGAUUCGCUGACGGUUACAGAUUCGGUCUUGGAGCCGAGGUUGGGAUCAGUACGAGCCGUAUUCAUGCCCGAGGUCCGGUUGGAAUACAAGGUCUCUUGACCACAAAGUGGAUCCUUGUUGGUGAUGGACAGACGGUGGAGGAGUUCACGGCGGGAGACAACAGGAAACAGUUUAUUUUCAAACCACUACCAUUAAUAGAGGAACCAGCUGUAACAGAGACCCCUGCUCCUGCAGCAGCCUCCAUUAAAGAACCAGUGGCGAAACCAGCUGAUAAAGUGAAGACUGACGUCAAGAGCACAGUAAAGAAGGAAGCCAAGAAAGCUUAGGAGGACAGGGGCAUGUUUUAGUAGGAUUGAUAUUUUUAGCUCUGUGAGCUAUCAACAGACUGUUGUAUUAAGGAUUACUUUGAAGUUUUCUGUAAAAAAUAGGUGGACGAGAUACUAUCGUGUUUGAACCAGGAGUUCCCAAAAUUAUUUUGCCAAUGUUUGUUAUCCUAGGACAUUUUUUUAGAUGAGAAAUGAUGUGGCUGGGCCAUUCUUUUAUCUGAUAGGAAACUUUUAAAAUUAUAAUAGAUAUUUAUUUGGUCUGAACAGGGUUUGAACAGGGAAUUAUGUUCAGGUCAUAACUAUUGCAUGUUUAGGUUUUAUUGAUAUGAAUGUUAUACUACGUAUUAUUUACUUACUUUAAAAGGAAAAAUGGAAACUCUCACUUUGUUACAUGAACAACAUUUAAAUAAUGUACUAUCACAACAACAUUUCUAAUAUUCCCAAAAUAACUGCAUUCUAUCAAAACUC